GCGCCACUUACGUCAUCGCCGCCGACCGCUUUCUGGGAGGCAGGAGUGGAAGGCCCGCGAGUUGGUCAUAAUGGCAGGUGAAGAAAUUAAUGAAGACUAUCCAGUAGAAAUUCAUGAAUAUUUAUCAACAUUUGAGAAUUCCAUUGGUGCUGUGGAUGAGAUGCUGAAGACCAUGAUGUCUGUUUCUAGAAAUGAGUUGUUGCAGAAGUUGGACCCACUUGAACAAGCAAAAGUGGAUUUAGUUUCUGCUUACACAUUGAAUUCAAUGUUUUGGGUUUAUUUGGCAACGCAGGGAGUUAAUCCUAAGGAACAUCCAGUAAAGCAGGAAUUGGAGAGAAUCAGAGUAUACAUGAACAGAGUCAAGGAAAUAACAGACAAGAAAAAGGCUGGCAAGCUGGACAGGGCUGCAGCUUCAAGAUUUGUAAAAAAUGCCCUAUGGGAACCAAAACCUAAAAAUGCAUCCAAAGUUGCCAAUAAAGGAAAAAGUAAAAGUUAACCUUUUGGUUUUGAUGUACACAUAUUCAAAAAGUACAUAAUUUUUAUUGUUUUCCACAAAAUAGAUGAUGAUUAUGUGGCGUUGUAAGGUUUAAAUGUAUUCCAUAUUGAAUUCGCGUGUAAAAUUUGCAUUUUAAAUUUGUAAUGCUAAAUACUUUUCCCCCAGAAAGAUUAAGUUAUCCUUAUUGAUUUUCCUAUAGAACAUUAUGUGGUUUUUUUAACAUUGUGGUAUAUUUUAUAUUUAUAGUUUACUGUCUCUUGACAAGACUCUUAUUUCCUUACAUAGGUCAAUUUUUCAAGUGCCAUUUUAUAAGCAACUAUGAAAUUUAAGUUAAAUGUUCUUUGCAAACAUUUGUCUAUUUUCGAUGAAUAAUGAUUUUAUGAAGUUUGCUGAAGUUUUAAAACAUCUGUUUUCACUAUAUAAUAUUAGGAAAGAAAGAAAUGACUUAAACGUCCAUUUUUUCUGUGAAGUUAUUUCAUUAUGCUUUCAUGAUUUUGGGAAUUACUGCUUUUUGUGAUAUUUGAAGUAUGAAAUUAAGACUUAUAAGGUUAUUCUUUAAUUCUUGGCGCUUUGCCACUAUGUCCCAUUUAAAGUAAAAUAUAUUCUCAUUAACUUUAGAUGGGAAAUGAGGUUGUAUAUUGAUGGCUGAAUUUUGGCAUAAUGGCUAUACCCUAUCAAUAAAGCUGUAAAUGUUGUGUAACUGACCUGUUUUUUAUUUUUCUCUUUUGAGUAAAUUUUCUCUUGAAAUUAGGAAGGUAGUUUUUAGAAAUCCUUAGGAAUGAGGGAAUUCAUGAGUUUUUGUUCCUUAUGCAUAGUGCCCACAGUUCUCUUGGCCUCAUGUUUUCAGAUUUUUUUAUUGUAUGUUUCUGAGGCUAUAGCAAUUACAUAGAAGUAUUUUGGAACAACUUUGUAUGUUAUUUAAUGCCACUUAAGCAGAGGAGAAAUCCGAAGGAGAUUACAUUGUGUUUAUAUUCUGAUUUAUUUUUCUGCAGUAUUUGCUACAGAGAAUUCUAAAUAUUAAACGAAUUUUUUUAUGUCUAAGCCCAUGAAUUUUAAU